UGGAAACCCGGAACUUGGCGAUGAAUUACGGAACAAUGACAGCACGGAUAACCUUCAGAAUGACUUGAAUUUGUUGGAGAGAGCUAAGGUGGGAUGAGAAGUUUUCUAUGGACGCUGGUCGGUGGCUAGCUGAUACUGAGCGAUCAGAAAAGGCUGGACGAUUUGCAAAUGGAGAUUCAGUCCGGGGAGUCUCUGCAGCAGUUGGAGAAAUUUCUCGGUGUGUAAUCUCUUUUUCUUUACAUGAUGAAUUCGAUCAUGCUGAUAAGGCUUUAAAAACAAGGUCAGUAAACCUCAUCGUGGAUGAUCUUCAGAAUCUCAUUGACUAUAUCAAGCAGCAUACGGAUCUGGAUGAUAACCCUCUUGGGGGGUUAGUUGAGAAAAAGCUUCUCCAGAAAUGGGCUGAGCUCGAGGAUUAUGGUAAGGCUCUCUCUGUUGAGGUGAAUUGAACGAACACUUCGUUUAGUGACUCAGUUUAAGGAUAAGUACAUGAAUGGAGACAUGUAGCUGUAGCAGAUAUAGAUAAC